GGGGUGAGGGUGGGGGGUGUGCGGUGAGGUAAUAGUUUUCCCUCCCCAGUUAAGAUCCGGGAGGGAGAAGAAAGCGAGGAAAUGGCGGAAAUGGAGUUCUCAAACACUACCCAUGAAGUGCUCAGUGCCACCCUCCACACCACGCUGGCGCUCACCACGAAGCUGGUGCUUCCUACACCUGCCAAGCCUAUCCUUCCAGUGCAAACUGGGGUGCAAGCUCAACAAGAGGAGCAGUCAAGCGGCAUGACUAUAUUCUUUAGUCUUCUUGUAUUAGGUAUCUGCAUCAUAUUGGUGCAUUUAUUGAUAAGAUUCAGGCUGCAUUUCAUGCCAGAGAGUGUUGCUGUUGUUUCUUUAGGUAUCCUCAUGGGAGCAUUUAUAAAAAUUAUAGAAGCUCAAAAGCUAGCCAACUGGAAGGAAGAAGAAAUGUUUCGCCCAAAUAUGUUUUUCCUUCUUUUACUUCCGCCAAUUAUAUUUGAAUCUGGGUAUUCAUUACACAAGGGCAACUUCUUUCAGAACAUCGGCUCCAUCACUCUGUUUUCUGUGAUUGGGACAGCAAUUUCGGCUUUCAUUGUCGGUGGAGGAAUUUACUUCUUGGGUCAGGCUGACGUUAUUUAUAAGCUCAACAUGACCGACAGCUUUGCUUUUGGCUCCCUGAUCUCCGCUGUCGAUCCAGUAGCUACCAUUGCUAUCUUUAAUGCUCUCAAUGUGGAUCCUGUGCUUAACAUGUUGGUCUUUGGGGAAAGUAUUCUCAACGAUGCUGUCUCAAUUGUGUUAACAAACACAGCAGAAGGCUUGACAAGAGAACAUACGUCAGAUGUGAGUGGAUGGCAAACUUUUCUGCAGGCCUUGGGUUACUUUCUGAAGAUGUUCUUUGGUUCCGCAGCGCUGGGAACUCUAACCGGCCUUAUUUCUGCAGUAGUGCUGAAGCAUAUUGAUUUACGGAAAACUCCUUCCCUGGAGUUUGGAAUGAUGAUCAUCUUUGCUUAUCUUCCCUACGGACUUGCAGAAGGCAUUUCUCUCUCAGGUAUCAUGGCUAUCUUGUUCUCUGGCAUCGUGAUGUCUCACUACACUCACCAUAACCUCUCGCCGGUUACACAGAUCCUAAUGCAGCAGACACUGAGGACCGUUGCUUUCAUGUGUGAAACAUGCGUUUUUGCAUUUCUAGGCCUAUCAAUAUUUAGCUUCCCUCACAAGUUUGAAAUGUCCUUUGUCAUCUGGUGCAUAGUGCUUGUGCUUUUUGGCAGAGCUGUCAAUAUUUUCCCCCUCUCCUACCUGCUCAAUUUCUUCCGCGAUCACAAGAUCACCCCAAAAAUGAUGUUCAUCAUGUGGUUUAGUGGCUUGCGUGGGGCCAUCCCAUAUGCCUUGAGCCUCCAUUUGGGCUUGGAGCCGAUCGAGAAGCGGCAGCUCAUUGGCACCACGACAAUCAUCAUUGUGCUGUUCACCAUCUUGUUACUGGGAGGAGGAACCAUGCCCUUAAUCAGACUGAUUGACAUUGAAGACUCCAAAGCCCGGCGAAAGAACAAGAAGGACAUUAACCUCAGCAAGACAGAAAAAAUGGGUAACACCAUUGAAUCUGAACACUUGUCCGAACUCACCGAGGAAGAGUAUGAAGCCCACUACUUAAAGCGCCAGGACCUCAAAGGAUUUAUGUGGCUCGAUGUUAAAUACUUGAAUCCUUUCUUCACUAGGCGGCUCACACAAGAGGACUUACAUCACGGACGCAUACAGAUGAAAACCCUCACCAACAAAUGGUACGAAGAAGUGCGACAAGGGCCCUCCGGUUCUGAAGACGACGAGCAGGAGUUACUGUGACAGGGUGGAGUCCCUUGCGUCAAUGACACCAAAAAUUAGAUUUAUGACAGUACUUGAGUUGUGCAGAAUGUACUCAGUAUACAUCUUUGUAAGAGUGCCACCUGGAAACUCCUUUCCUAAGAAAAGGUUGCA